AACAAAUCAAAAAGAUAGAGGAGACAAACGCACCAAACUCUGCUAAAAAAGAGAGGGAAAACCCUCCCCUCCAAGCCUCCCUCUGCAUCCUUUUCUUGCUUCUACACGGAGAGUGAGAGAGAGCCUUUCUUUAACCAAAAAUCCUUCUCUUAAUGUCACUUUCAGUUUGUUCUUGCCUUCAUCCUCAACUACUUUACUCUUCAACUCUUUCUUGUUUUUUCUAACCAACCCAUCACUUUACUCUGUUUAACUUGAUCCCUUUUUCUUGCACGCCACUCUUCUCUCUUUGUUACUGACAAAACCCACAAAAAAUAAACCAAAUUUGAGUCCCCAUUUGUGUUUUCUUGAGAAAACCUUGAGAAAGUAACGAUGGGAAAUUGUUUUACUAGUUCAAAGCAAUCAAUGGCAGAGUUAGCUCCUUGUGAUUUCAUCAAAUCAACCCCGGCCGUCCAAUUAUACGGUGACCCCACCAGUUCUUUCACUCUCUACCUUCAUCUUGCUCUUCUUUACAAGACUAGAGCGCUUCAAUUUACACCCACUAAUGACCCGAUUCCAGUGGUCCAAUUCGGGCCCGAAACAGUUUCGGGUCCCCGAGAGAUGAUGGUUCGGUUCAUUGAUGUGAAGUUGCCGCAACCGCCGUUGAUGGUGAAGGUGGAAGAGGGAAUUGAAACGGUGGCGUUGGUGGUUAAAAUGGUGGCGACGCAACAUAGGAGUGUGGUGUGGCAUUUGGAGAGGAUGGUGUGGUGGAGUGAGGAUUUGGUGACACGUGGUGGGAGGAGGAAUGGUGAUCCGACUAUGGGGAGUGCGAGGAUGGAGGUGAGGAAGUUUGGGAAGAGUUAUUCGCAGUUGCUAGAGGUCAUGGUUGAGCACGCGCAGAUGGAGGAGCGUGUGGUUUUUCCACUUCUCGAAACGGCUGAGAGAGGGCUGUGUAAAGCUGCAAAUGAGGAGCAUGGAAGGGACCUACCCAUCAUGAAUGGAAUCAGAGAAGACAUGAAAUCAAUUGGAGUUCUAGACACUGGGAGCAAUGACUACCGAGAGGCUCUUCGAAACCUUUCCACUCGGCUCAAAUCAUUGCUGGAACAUAGCAAAGAGCACUUCCAGGAGGAGGAGCGAGAUGUAUUACCAUUGAUGGAGGCUCUGGAACUGGGAAAAGAACAGCAAUUGAGGGUAUUGGAGCAAUGUAUUGAUGUGAUGCAAGGGACUCACUCGCACUUGUUCAGCUUUUUUAUUGAAGGUCUUCUCCCUCGAGAAGCCAUGCAGUACCUGGAUUUGAUUACAAGGUGCAAAGAGGAAAAACUCGUGGCCUCCAUGCUUCGCAGGAUUAUUGAGUAGGGUGCAGAAGUAGCUACAUUGAUAUGGUACGUAGAGUGGAAUGCUGGUUUUUUCUUAAUGUUCAUGGAGAUAAAAAAGAAGUCGUGUGCUCUUAUAUAGCUGAAGCAAAAGGUAUUUGUUUUAUGGCUUGUGCGGCCAGUGGUGCCAUUUCGAAACUGUUAUUUUUAAGCAAUGGAACCUUGUCCCGUUAAGGAUUGAGAAGUAAUUGGGAGUUUGAUGAAUCACAGCGGACAAAAGACUUGCAGGACUUGUAGUUUCA